CCGGCUUACUGAAAUGAAGUGAACUGAAGCGCCGGGUGUAAACGUAGCUUUUCUCUGCCCAUCAAAGUCUUCCUUCAUCUUAUGCUGAUUGUACCUUUUUAUAUAUCACACACACAGUUGCACGUUUUCCUGCUAUUUUACCCAGUGACUAUCUCUCACAGUGGCAGCUCAGCCCACCCUGUGUGUUUUAAAGAUCUUAAGAUAAACUAUUAAGCGUCUCCCUGUGAUGCGAUCUCUGGCCCCAAUGAACUCCAUAUUUCAGUGCCAGCCGAGCACUAAGUCCAGUUGAUAAAGGCUUUAAAAGGACUGGGAAGGCUCUACUGACCUCCAGUCUCUGCUAUUUGAAAAAGAAAAAAAAUCUGAUGUUUUUUUUAUUUUAUUAGGAAUCCCUCCUCAAUGUUUAUUUUAGCCUUUACUCUUGUCCCGAGUCUACUUAUAGAAUGUGAAAUUCUGUGCGUUUACCAAUCAGAAAUGGGAGUGUUUGUUUUUAUUGGAUUUGUCGUUAUUCAUUUGGUGAAAAAGCAUCUCUGUAAACCCAGUCCUGCAUUUUCAAAGGUCCAGUGUGUCAGAAUCAGACGCCUCCAAGUCAUUGUAUCUCAGAGAAAAUAUCUCUUCUCUAACCACAAGAGGGCCACGGUGUAUAAACCAAGUUAUACACAAAAAGCUACAAAAGAGUGAAUAUUGAUUUAUUCACACGAAUUACGUGGAAAAAUAUUUAUAUUUUUUGAUUACGAUCCCUUCUAAAUGUGACACACUGGACCUUCAACCUCCCUUAGUUUCUUUUCUUAAACUGGUCACGCCAGAUGAUGCUUUACUUGAGAAAGUAUUUUGUUGACUCUGUUGUUUGUUUUGCUAAAGGAAUAGUUCAGCAUUUUGGGACCUUUCUGUCUGUAGAGUCAAGUUUGAUACCAGUGUUAUGUUAAUCAACGAUACAGGUUUCAGUAAAGUAACUGUAAACUAUUUAAAAUCGCCCCCUCCCCCCUUCUCCCUCCCUUUACUUAAUGAGAGUAAAUUCUUCAAGUGACACAUCAUGCAACUUCAUCACUGGAUGUUGCUAAAUUCUGACCCAUGCACCUUAAGGGCUGAUUACCAGUUGCUCUGGUUUGGUCCAUUCUUUUCUAGUAGCUUUAAACUUCACUACGCAAAAAAAUGUAUGUAAAAUAGUUAUGUGUUAAAACCGUAUUUUAGAUCAGAAGUCCCCAACCUUUGUGGCACCGCGGACCAAUUUCACGUUAAAUAAUAUUCACAAAUAUAAACCCUAUAUGGCUUUUUUAUAUUCCAGUACCAAUUUACCUAUGGCCCAGUACUGGUCCGGGACCCAGUGGUUGGAGACUUCUUUUCUUUGUCGGUUUUAGCCAGGAUAAAAUGCACUCAAUUCUCUCUUAAGAAUCAAACACGUUGUAACAAGAACAGACUGGUAUCGACUCUUUCGAUGUGAAAGUGUCCCACAGUGUUGAAGUAUUUCCUCAGAGUGAACACCUUGUAUGUUUGAUAGCACUUUGAACCAGAUGUUAGCAGAUGAAUCCCCUCCCGCCCCCGUAAACCUCCCUGUGCUGCUGAUGACGAUGAUGAUGAUUAUGAUCAGCCCUCUGCUCUUCUAACGACCUUUAGGCACCUUCGUCUUAACGUCUGUGUAUCUUUUUAAUCUCCUUUUGUUUCAUUGGUGUUUACAUGUCUGUCUUUUAGUUUGUCAAACCCCCAACGUUUAAAAAAGCACUUAGCAUCAGUCACCUCACAGAAACGGCGGGGAAAGCUCGGCAAAAUUGACUCUCGAUUCUCUGGGAACUAUUUCAGUGCCAAACUCCUGCUUUUGUCUGUUUUCAGUGAAGCUCAAAACGUAGUCAGUGUUUGUACCAGAAAAUUCCCGGUGGUGAAACUGAGAAAUUGAGUCUGAGGAUUUGACCGAGAUCUUCAGCGAAAGGUUAAGAGUGUUUGUGACGCGCACGUUUGGAAGGUGUGUCGUCCAGUCGGUGAAUGACUGCAGUCGGUCUGACCGCGAGAUUGUUUGUUUCCAAUUCCCCAACACUGUUUGUGUUUGAAGCACAAAAGUAAAAUCCAGGUUUGACGUGAAUGUGACACUUACAGAGGAACUAACGUAGUUUCAAAGACAAUUAUGUGAAAUGGGUGGUAGUGGAGCAUGUGUUGAUGCAUUUACCCUCUCUGAAGAAUCCCUAAUACAAGCACCGGUGUAUCAUGGGUCAGGUAGAGUGUGCAGGAAUUUAAGGAAAUAUAGAAAUCAUGGGUGGGUUUAUAAAACAAAACCCCCUCUCAGAGGUUUAAUGAUGUAGAUGAACAAAAAAUACUUAGUAAAUAUAUAUACAUAUACUAUAUAUGUGUGUGUAUAUAUAUACAGUAUGUCUAUAUAUAUAUGCAUAUUUAUAUAUAUGUGUGUGUAGUAUAUAUAUGUAUCUUACUAACAGGUAUUCUUUCCUAUGGUCCGAAUGCGUAUGAUUUGAAUUUCUAUCAACUCUUAAAGUAAUUGGCCCAGAAAACUCUGUGUUCUAUGUUUACACAAGAUUCCUGAAUACUCUACCAAGAAGCCACUCUUAACUCAGGUUGAUGAAAAUUUCGCUCUAUUUGGACGUCCUUGUGAAAAUGUCUAUGUCCUGACAUAAGAACCAAAAGUUGAAAACAGAAACGGAUUAGGAAACUUUCAGGAUUGUGCUGCCAUCUUUGACAUUCAUACACACAUGCUCAGAAAAUGAUUCUUAUACAAUUCUUCUGGUGUUGUUGUUGUUGUUUUUGUUUUGUUUUUUUUCUUGAACAUUUUACUCUGAAACUCUAACUCCAUAAAACUGCAAUAGAUUUACUCACGGGUUACUUUCACAUGCAGUGUUUCCACCUCUCUGCUGCUGCUACGCUGCUCAUUUAAACAGGUAGAUAUAUAUAUAUACAGUUAAUAUAUAUAAAAAUAUAUAAGCGGUUUAUAUAUAUAUGAAAUAUUUACACCUUUGUACAAAAUCACAUACUUGCCUCUUCUCGCUCAAAAAUGUAUGCACGCUCGCCCCGUACGUUUUUGAGAAGGACAACUGAAUAUGCAAUAGAAACAACAGGUAACCUUUCACCACCACAUGACCCGACAUGUGCUUCGUUUCCGAUAUAAGCUAUAAACAGGAGAUUCACGUUAAACUUCAGGAAAACACACACACACAUGGUCAGUGAAGAGACCGCUCAGAACUGCACAGUAAAUAAGCCUAUUUGAUGUUUUGACUACACAGUGACCAAAGCGAGAACACACCAACUCCACUCGUCCACGUAAACAAAGUAGCACAUAGAACACAAAUGUACAGUCGUUUUUGUUUGUUUGUUUUUGUUUAAGUGUGUGUGUGUCUGCGCGUGUGUGUGUUUUAAACAUUUUCACCCAAACACAUUGGCUUUGGUCAGAUUGUGUAAUACUGUGAAUAGGACAGUCGAGGAGUCGAUCCUUUUUUUUUUUUCCACACAAACUGUUUGUGAAAGUAAUCAACCAGCUUGAAUCUAAAAGAGAGAAAAAAAAUUGCACUACCCAAAUAUUGUUUGAGAAUCUAUUUUGUAUAAAAUAUAUGCAGACAUUAACUUUUGAGAAUUAUCAAGGGCAGAUCUUGUUUCACUGGUAUAUGCUCUCCUCUGAAAAUAAGCUUUGUUUUGCUUUAAAUAAUAAUAAAAAACAUCCAUCAUCCAUGUACAUAUAAUCCAUGUAAAGAAUAUGUGGUGUACUUGUCUCCAAAUAAUAGUUUUUCUAUAUGUACCCUCUGUAUUAUUUCCUGUCUGUAGUUUGACUCCUGUUGAUCUCCCCCCCACUCCCCUUCAUUGAUUAAAGGUUGAACCCAGUGUCUGUAUAAGGUACUUUUUAAAUGGAACCCGGAACUGAGCCAGUCUCAAUCCUGUGUGCACUUUUUUAGAAAUUGUUCCUCCUGAUGGUUAAGAUUAACAAUUUAUAUUUUAUUUCUUUUUUUUAUUUCUUCAUUUUUUUUAUCUUCUGUAGCUUUAAUUUAUAACUGGAUAAUACUAAAUAAUAUAAAUUAUUUCCUUAUUUUUUUUCCUUUUUAUUUCUCUUUUAAUUUAAACGUUUAUGGUUUUGUAACUGCUGUGUUUGGGUUUUUUUUGUCCAAUCAAAGUUAUUAUGAACAAACUUUUGUAGGUUAUUGGGGAAUAAGAAAAUAAAAUUGGAACUCUGGGGGCGUGGCCUAAAUUGCGCCAAAUAGUCUAAUGUGUCAUAUAAAUAAUAUAAUGGAUUCACAUUUAAUUAAGACACAUUCUGCAACAUAGGUAUAAUGGUAUUUUUAAAGACGCGUUUAUGAAAAUUAUUUUUUUUUUUAAUAAACAAUUCGCACACUUAAUCAACACAUGCCAAAGCUUGGAACCGGGGCACAUUGCCAGAACUCGAGCACGCGCGCCUCAGGCUGCCUGUAUACUGUGUUUGCGCGCUCACAUGCGUGUAAACAGCUGACCACUGCAGGGGACAGAGAGACUGACGCAGGCCGCUAUACGAACUGAGAGGCGGCCUUCGCUUUCUCAGCCCCCCGGUCUUUCGCGGGUUGUGUGAGGAUGACGGAAGGUGGAGCAGAGGUCGUUCGGCUGCAUCAGCUGGAGGAGGAUCAGCUGAAGGACUACAGGCGGCGCACUCGGCUUUACUGCAUGAAUGGAGGACACCACCUGCAGAUCCUGCCUGAUGGGCGUGUGCAGGGCCAGAGGGAUGAGGAGGACGUUCACACGGUGUUAAAGAUCAAGGCUGUGGACCGAGGUGUGGUCGUCAUCCAGGGAACAGAAACGGGAAAAUAUCUAGCCAUGAACGACGAGGGUUGUUUGUACAGCUCAGCCACAGUCACUGAUGAAUCCUACUUCCUGGAAAAACUGGAGGAGAAUUUCUACAACACAUACCUGGCUCAGAAGUAUCAGGACAGGAGCUGGUAUCUAGCUCUGAAAAAGAACGGAAAACCUAAACUGGGUCCAAGAACUCACAUUGGGCAGAAAGCCGUCUUCUUUCUGCCUCGCCAGCUGGAUCAGUCUGUGGAGUGAGGAUACACACACACACAGAUACCUCAGUUGAACUGGAGUGUUCACAGCUUAAGGAAAGUUUUUGUGUGAAGAUGUGUCCAAAACUGCAGUAAAAAUGUAGCUUUCAGCCUCAAUGCAUAGUAAUUUAUAUACUAUCUAUAUAUCUGUCUGUCUGUCUAUCUAUCUAUCUAUAUAUUUUAUUUUUACUUUAUUUUAUUUUUUUAUCCAAUCACAUUUAAGCCGUAAUAUGUUGCUAGGGUGAAGGAAAUCUGCAUAAAGGCUACCAGAAUCAGUGAGGCCUUCCAGCAGGUGUACUAUUACGUUGGUGAUUUGAGUGUUUUUGAUUGGACGGUUAGAAACCAGCCUCGAAUCGAGCGAACUGCAACUGUAGCGACGCUAGCACGCGGGAAAAUUAAGUUUUCUCCACGUCCACUGCUUCUAUCGAGCGAAUAUUCUCGUCUUAAAACGAAUUAAAACUUGCCACAAAUACGUCAGGACGGACUGGACUUUCAAUGUUUGGACGACGGACGACGCUCGUAAACAACUUGUUGGAACCGCAACAGACGGAUAAUACAAGGAAACAAUUAAGGAGAAUAACUCUUCUUAAAGAGACGGGGUGGACUUUGUGUAGAAAUAAUCGCGUUUUGGUGAGUAAAAUGCUUUUAAUCUUUUUCAUUUUAUGGUUAUUCUGUUGUCAUAAUUACUUUUGAUGUCCGUUAUGUCGCAGCUAUGGCUGAAUAGUGCUACGCGUUUGUUUUAUUAAUGGCGUUUUUAUGACGACAUGUUUUAUCUUGGAUGUAACGAGACGUUAUGCUAUAUUUCUGCAUAGUUUGGAAGGUUUCUAUAGCCAUAAUGGUGUUAUUAAAAUGUGGAUUUAUUCAGGUGGCACCACGCUGAAAUACAAUAUUGUGAAUUAUUAUUCAUUAUCGUCUUUCUAUAUAAGAAUACAUUAAGACAGAUCUUAAAUCUUCAGGGAUAAUUUAAUUUAAUCUUAGACAAGUUCAAAGAUGAGACUCUUUAAAAGUGACAUUUAUUUAAACACUACACAUUUUCUGUACAAGUUUAUAACCGCAUAAUCUCAAGGCUGCAGUUCUACAUCACGCAGGAACAGGCAGAAAUUAGUUCAAUCAAAGCAUCGCAUAAUUAUGACGUUAGCUGUUAAAGGCUAACAGAGAAUGAUUAAAUGGUGACGAAAGCGUAACCCCCCCUUCAGAGUCUGAGAAAAAUGAAUAAAUAAACGUGCACCGAUGCAGCAUUCAUUUCAGCUAUGUGAGACAUGACAGGAACAUCCUGUGGGUUUUAUCAGCUUUGUUACUAGAUUCUAGAAUGAAGA